UUAUGACACAAAUUCACACCAUACUCCAAAAGCAUAAUCAAAAUGCUAUCCUUAGCCAACUUCUCACUCUCCUUCCUCUUCAUCCUCUUCACUCAAUUCUCUAUCCAUACCCGCGCUGCCACCUUCGACAUCCGCAAUGACUGUCCAUACACCGUUUGGGCCGCUGCCAGCCCCGGCGGUGGCCGCCGCCUAGACCCGGGCCAGGCAUGGAACCUAUGGGUGGCGCCAGGGACAGCCAUGGCACGUAUUUGGGGCCGCACCAAUUGCAACUUCGACGGCAGCGGCCGAGGCCGGUGCCAAACCGGUGACUGUGGGAGCUUAGAGUGUAAAGGGUGGGGUGUCCCUCCCAACACAUUGGCCGAAUACGCUCUCAACCAGUUUGGUAACAUGGAUUUCAUUGACAUUUCAGUAAUCGAUGGCUUCAACAUUCCCAUGGAAUUUAGCCCCACUAGUGGCGCGUGUAGGGGAAUUCGGUGCACCGCUGACAUCAACGGUCAAUGCCCUAAUGAGCUGAGAACCCCAGGAGGUUGCCACAACCCUUGUACGGUUUUUAAGACCAAUGAAUAUUGUUGCAACAAUGGGCGAGGGUCAUGUGGACCCACCAACUUUUCUAAGUUCUUCAAGACUAGGUGUCCCGAUGCUUAUAGUUAUCCACAAGAUGAUCCCACUAGUACUUUCACUUGCCCUGGUGGAACGAACUAUAGGGUUGUGUUUUGCCCUAGAGGGUCUUCUCAUAAUUUUCCUUUGGAAAUGGUUGAUGGCAAUAUGAGUGAGAAGAAGUAAUAAGUUUAUAAGUAAGAUAUAUCUUUUUCGUACGGCUAUUUUUAUAUAUAUAAAUAGCCAUGUGUUCGGUAAAGAUAUAUGUUUGUAACUUGCUUAUUGGGUUUUGUUGUGGUUCUGCUUUUACAGAUCCUUGUUUUGGCUAUACGUAUAAGGACGUAUAGUACUAGUAACUACUCUUGUUGUUGUACUUCGUUGUACCAGCAUGAAAUGCAUAAAAGAAUUAAUAAAAGCUUUUUGUUUGCUUUACUAGUA